CACUGAAAAAUGCAGAAUGCAGAGAAUAAUAUUAUAAUAAAUCAUUUAGGAAAGGUUAAAUAGAGAGAAAAAUUCUUUUGGGAGCUGGCACAAAAGUCACACUGGGUCUUUAUGGGUUAAAUAUGCAACAUGAAUGCCUUACAUUUACUAACAAAAAAAUACUGCUGCAAAAAACACUUAAAACGUUGCCAUAAACAUGAAAAACUGCAUCACAUCUUAUUUCUUACUUGGGAAAUUUGCUUUUAUUAAACUUUUUUAAUCAAAUCCAACUAAUGUUUGUGGAAUUAUUCACAAAGUUUGGUAAAGCUUUAUUUUUGUGCUCUAAUACAGCUGUGAACUGUAAAAUCCACUCACCCACAUCAGAAAACAAUGUCAUUUCUCAUUACAUGGUUAAAUACAGAAAAUACACUGACGCAAAUCUAAAAGAACCCACACAUUACUGACUUUGUUGUUUACUCAUGGUGAGUGAUAAAGUUACGCGUGCUAUCUCAGGUCAGAGCUACUCCCACAGAUUACACAACACCGGGAAGAAUUCCAGGCAUUCAUGAUUAACAGAACUUUAGACCUGAUAGACAUGUCUUUGCUGUUCACAGUGACUCUGCAAAAAAACAAGACAUCCAAAAAUGAACAACAGAUGAAAUUGGAAGACUUAUACAAUACAUAAGAAAGAAAGAUAAUCACUAGAAAAAUGGAAAGAUUGCUAUGUUUAAGAGACUCUUACUCCAUCAGACCUCUCUCUGUAUUAUUAGGUCCUUUGUCAGGAGUACAAUAACAGUAUAAAAAGUGAUGCUCACAGGAAGAAUGUCCUCACUAAACAACAUAAUGGACUCCCAGGUCCUUCAAGCCUUCUUCACUUAUGCAACAGUCGUCGUCCUGAAGAUGAUGCUCAUGUCACCUUUGACCUCUUACUUCCGCCUGACAAGAAAGGUUUUUGCCAACUUGGAAGAUACUAAACUUGCUUCCCCCACAGUAGACAAGAAACUGGUCCGAGUGGAUCCGCAUGUUGAACGAGUCCGCAGGUGCCACCAGAAUGACCUGGAGAACGUCAUUCUCUUCGUGCUGAUUGGUCUGCUCUAUUCUCUGACUGGACCGGAACUUUCCACGGCUCUGCUCCACUUCCGCCUUUUUACCGGCUCUCGUAUCUUCCACACCAUCUCCUAUGUGGGCGCUUUGCCUCAGCCCAGCAGGUUUCUGUCCUUUAUACUGGGUCUGCUGGUCACCUUCUCCAUGGCCUGCAGAGUCCUCUGUACAACUGUCCUGUAGAGAAGACAUGAGCACAUUAAUCCAU